UAGGGCACGAGUUAGCAAUAUCAUCCAUCGAGCGUUUCUGCCUGACAAGAGAUAUUCUACCCGUGACGGACAAUUGAACGUCACGCCGCUGUUGCUCGUCGAAAAUUGUGACUUCACCGCCACCGAAUUCCCACUCGACCUCGACCUCAAGCCCACUUGAAGACCGAAGAACAUCAUGGAAGACGGUACGGUCUUCGCCUUCGCCUUCUCGCCUGCAGUAUCCGUACACCGUUAAAUACACCCUGCACCACUCCACCUCCCGCUGCACCCCCGAGUUUUCGGUCCUCGUCGCGUGUCGUGUCCCAGCCCCUUUCACCUCCUCACCGUACAACAGUGCUGCUAGCAUGCUUGAGCGGAUGAAGCUGUUGUUUGAUGUCUCAGCAUGGUCUUUUUCACCUGUGGUACUUCUCGGCGCUGUCCUCGCUUCGUGACGUGUCGAUAGUGGCCUCCUUGUCGUGCACAUUUCAUGGGCGUGUCGACCACAGUGGUCUCGCGUUUCAGCCUCCACCAUUACUUCUUCGGAACUAGUACAGCUCUUUGCGCUUGCGGCGCAUGCUUUCGACCGCAGCCUGUUCCCGCCUUCGGCUCUUCUCACCUCUCUUUUCGCGACGCGUCGCCCACCCUGCCAUGCACACAUUCCAUACCGAUGACGCCCUGCUUACACUCUACGCCCAUAGCUUGGCAGUCCCAAGAUAACACGGGGAUCCACAUCCCUACCGAUGCGCUCUCUGCGCACCCUGAUACGGCAGAGUCGUGGAACGCCAAUGGGCACGAGGACCGCGAUCGCGGUGGUCGGGAUGCACGUCGGGGCCGCAGCCGCAGCCGCAGCCCUGCUCGCCAAAGUGGAGGUGACAACCCAGGGAACAACUUGCACGUUUCUGGGUUGAGCCACCGUCUCGAGGUGCAUGAGCUUGAGACUGCGUUCGCCAAGACGGGCCGGGUCCAAAAAGCCUCGAUCAUGUUUGACCCCCACACUCGUGAAUCGCGUGGCUUCGGGUUCGUGACGAUGGAGACCCCAGAGGAGGCUGAUGCUGCUAUUGCGGCUUUGCAAGGAACGGAGUUAGCAGGAAAGACCCUCAGCAUCCAAAAAGCUCGUCGCGGUCGUGCCCGCACUCCAACUCCGGGACGUUACCAUGGUCCUCCGAAAAGAGGUGAUGGUGCUACUUUCCGUUUUUCCGAGGACGCCAAUCUGAUCAGUCUGUCAGAUGAGCGCCCAUACGAUCCCCGCCCGUAUGACUCGCGUUACAGCCGGGACGGCGAUGAUCGCCGUCGUGGUGGGCGUUACGAUGACCGUGACCGGCGCGACUACGACAGACGCGAUUAUGGUCGCAGAGAUGACCGCGGCCGGGACUAUGAUCGUGAUGACAGAGACCGUCGCGGCGGAGGACGCGGUGGUUAUGAUGACCGUCGCUACUAGGCUCAGAAAACGUGCUGUAUCACAUCCAUUAGUUCAGCAGAAGGGCCGCAGUUUUAUGCCGUCAAGUGAUCAACACGUUGAAUUUAUGCUCCAGCUUCCAUCCCAGACCUGCAGACGAAAUCGCAAGUGCUU